CCAAUCGAUGCCAUGUAGUAUCGGAAAAAGGUAUCGAAAAAACUAUGUUCAAUGUCGUAAUCGCUGCACCAGACCAGACAAUUCCCACUUCCCAGUGGUUCACGUAAGCUCGACCAACACCAAUUGGUCAAUUGUCCCUGUAGACCGUCAACCGUGGUAUGUCCUGAGAAGGAAGCUGGUAUGUUGGAACGCCGGGGUAUUGACGUGGUGGAUCUCUUUAGAGAAAAGCCCCUCGUCAAUGUUUGCGCCCCGAUGGUCAGAUACAGCAAGCUGGAAUUCAGGGCCUUGGUGAGGAAGUACGGUUGUGACCUCUGCUUCACGCCCAUGAUCAUCGCGGAUUCCUUCGUACAGUCGGACAAAGCGAGACAAAAUGAAUUUACGACGAACGACGAUGACACUCCUCUCGUGGUACAGUUUGCUGCGAAGAAUGUCGAUGACUUUGUGUCAGCAGCAGAGCUUGUCUGCCCGUUUGCAGAUGGUGUUGACCUCAACUGUGGAUGUCCUCAGAGAUGGGCUAUGAGUGAUGGAUACGGUGCACACCUUCUUUCAAAGCCUCAAUUGAUAAAAGAAAUGAUCAUGGGCAUUAGGAACAAAAUAUCUAAACCAUUUUCUGUCUCUGUGAAAAUUAGGAUAAUGGAUGACAUUAGGAAAAGUGUUGAGAUGUGUAGAGAUUUUGAAGCGGCAGGUGUAUCUUUUCUUACAGUUCAUGGACGGACUGUUAAACAAAGAGGCGAGACCGUCAAUACAAGUGCGAUAAAAGAUAUCGUCGAUAGCGUGCAUGUACCAGUUAUCGGAAACGGUGGUAUCAAAAAUAUGGAAGACGUUAGUAAAAUGAAAAUCGAGACAAAUUGUAACGGUGUAAUGGCUGCCCAAGGGAUCCUCCAGAAUCCGUCCUUAUUUUCCGGCGAAUCUGUAACGCCUAUUUCGUGUGUACAAGACUGGGUGGACAUAGCUUUGCAUUCGGAUUUGCAGUUUCAAAACUUCCACCACCACCUCGUGUUUAUGCUAGAGAAAGUACUACCCAAAGAGAUAAGGAGAAGUUUCAAUAAGUUCACCACAAUCCCAGAGGUCACUAACUGCCUGGUUGAACACUUGAACAUAAAAAUGGACUGUAAUAUUAAAAAUGACUUCUCCAUAGCCAAACUGAUUUAUAAAGAGAGUGAAAGCUGUGGAAAAUAUUUUAAAAGUAAAGUCGAAAGUAUUGAAAAUUUUGAACUCUGUGAUUCUUGGUUUUGUACAUAA